AUGCUGCAGGUGGCUCUGUCCGCGGGGCUCGACUGCCUGCAGGCCGGGGACAGCUGCUCCAGCGACGACAGCUGCAGCCCCAGGCUUCGAACCCUGCGCCAGUGCGUGGCGGGUGACGGCAGCAUGAAGCUGGGACCCGGCGCCCGCAACCAGUGCACCAACGCCGUGAACGCCCUGCUCUCCAGCCCGCUGCACGGCUGCCAGUGCAAACGCGGCAUGAAGAGGGAGAAGAACUGCUUGAGCAUCUACUGGAGCCUGCACCAGUCCGUCCUGCACGGACUGAACUUGGUGGAGAACUUCCCGUAUGAGGCGGUGGAGAAGGACUACGACUAUGUUCGUCUCGCCUCCAUCGCAGCUGGUUCGGAGGUCGGUGUGUCCACGGUGAACCGGUGCCUGGAUGCGGCCAAGGCGUGCAACGUGGACGAGACGUGCCAGAAACUGCGGACGGAAUACGUGUCUGCGUGCAUCAAGCCCUCGGCCCGGGCCGGAACCUGCAACCGACCCAAGUGCCACAAGGCACUGCGCAAGUUCUUCGACCGCGUGCCCCCCGAGUACACCCACGAGCUGCUCUUCUGCCCCUGCACGGACACGGCGUGUGCGGAGCGCCGCCGGCAGACCGUGGUGCCCGCCUGCUCCUACGAGGACAAGGAGAAGCCGAACUGCCUGGCGCAGCUGCGCACGUGUAAGGCCGACUACGUGUGCAGGUCACGCCUGGCUCAGUUCCAGUACGACUGCCAACCCUCGGAGCAGACGGCCAGCGGCUGCAAACAGGACAGCUACGGAGCCUGUCUGCUGGCCUACACCGGUCUCAUCGGCAGCACCAUCACCCCAAACUAUGUGGACAACUCCACGUCCAGCGUGUCCCCCUGGUGCUCCUGCUCCGCCAGCGGCAACCAGCGAGAGCAGUGCGUCGAGUUCCUUAACUACUUCACGGACAACGUCUGCCUGAAAAAUGCGAUUCUGGCCUUUGGAAAUGGGACGGACCUGAACUCCACUCCGAACCAGCUGGGACAACCGAACCCGGUAACAGACAGCGAGGACCCAGCCACCACUCCGCCUCUUGUCAUGGAGACAGAGCAGAACCUCCUCAGCAUUCUGAUACCCUCACAGGCUACCGAAAAGGACAAGCUAUGGCAAGACUCCACGGUCCCGUCCCAUGGGCUCUCCAGCCGGGGCAGCGCUGUUACACCCCUGGGUGCCUGGACCUGCCUCCUGCUCGUCGGACUGCUCGGCUCUGUUCACUAGAGGGUGCCACCACUCUUGGAACCACGAGGGGCUGGGCGGUGGAGGGCGAUAAUUUGGUGUAUAGGGGAAGCGAGGGCCACCGCCCUCCCCGCUCACUACUUACAGUAAUCUCUUUUGUUAUCUUUAAUCUUUCGAGGUCGAGUUGCUAUUGAAAGUCCUUGAUGGCGACAGGGGUUUCAAGGGGCACACCCAUUCCCACAGACACGUCCCACCAUGUACAGUUCAACUGGGAGGAGGUUAGGGGAGGGAGUGGCCCGCAAGCCCCUUCUCGUGGGUCGGCCUUGCAUUUUAUUGUCUUGUAUAUUUCACUCUUUCCGAAGAGGACAUUCCAACACGUCUCCAUUUGUCGAGAAGAUUUCUUUCAGGCACUGCCAUCCAGAAGCGUCCUCGGGCGUCCGUGUUGUGAUUCACGCCAUUCUCGGUCAUUGCAAACGAAGUGUUCCGGUAUCCGAACCAACGCCGAUGCGUGCGAUCGGACGGAGGAGCGCGCGCAGUUCUGAGCUCAGAUACUUUUUAUUCGUUAUUUUGUAUGAUGCCUGUUGGGUCAAUCUUGCCGGGACGCGUCUCGCUGCUGCUCCGCUGGCCGCGACUCACCGGGGACUCUGGAGUGGCCGAGCGAGUCCGGACCAAUGUGAAAUAGCUAUCCCCAGUGCGGUGUGCCAACAUAGUGUUCACAUGUCCCCCUGACGGUCCGAAAUGCGGAGCAGUCACCCUCACCAGUCCCAUUACCCACCAAACGGGAAGCCCCCAUACGUUUAUUUCUCCUUCCCAAGACCCCUGUGACACUCACGACCAAGCCAUGGAGUGACCGUGUCCUUGUCUCAUCUUGUACAGUGCCACACAACCUGUGUUGCAGGGGGGCUGGUGGGAGGGCGAUGCCGAGGGGGUGAAGGGGCAGGGCGGUUGGGGCUUAGCACCCGGGGUUUGCAGCUGAGGACGUGCCCCAUCGCACACAUGGACUGUGGCUU